AUGCCAUUGGAUCCCCUCGAUGCCAGUAUUACGACAGGGCCUGUUGGUGAAGAAUGCACGAUCUAUCCGGCACGAACCAUGGAUGUGGGAGCCCGUGUAGAGACGCAUUCUGGGUUCACAGUUCAGCGGUUCACCUCACAUUACUCAUGCUCUUGCCCCGCCUGGCGGUGUGACACCGGGAAAAAUGUGCGGUACCGGACAUGUGAGCAUUUGGCUGACAUUUUGGGAGAGGAGUAUGAGCGCAUACGCACAAAUUGCGAUUCACAAGCAGAACAUAGUACGCCCAAGAAGCGUGCUUGUGACAUGGAAAGUUGGCGUGCGUGGGACGCAAACCUCUCACCGUCACACUCGAAGCGCUCACGGACCUCGCCCACUGCGUACAAGUCGCCGAGCAGCUCUUCGUCUGAGCGACCUUUUUCUUUUCUGCUUGCGUCUACGUGGCCUUGUGAAGUAGGGCCGCGCCCGGCCUCCAAGUCACUCUCGUCUCGCAAAGAUCCUACUGGUUGGUGGAUCAGUGAAAAAUUUGAUGGCGUACGCGCAUGGUGGGAUGGCGAAACCCUUUGGAGCCGACGUGGUCAGAUGUGGCAUGCACCCCCAUGGUUUACUGCUCCGUUGCCUAGUCACAUGUCUUUGGAUGGUGAGCUAUGGAUCGAUCGUGGGCUGUUUGAACACACUUCAGGCGUGUGUCGAGCGUCAAAUUCUGACGAAUGGCAUCGCGUGAAAUAUAUGGUAUUUGAUGCACCAGAUGGCUGCAUUGAGCCUGUGGAAGAUCGAUGGGGCAGAAUCCGGGCCUUAUUCCCCGUGGCACGCUUUGGCGAACCUAUCGCCCGCCAUACACACCAUGUAUAUGCGGUAGAACAAGUACGAUGCCACGGACCGUCGCAUUUGGAUGCAUUAGUACAUCAAGUCUUGUCCGCUGGCGGAGAAGGUGUGAUGCUUCGCGCUCCCCAUUCUGUAUACGAACGGCGUAGGAGCUCGACCUUGUACAAAUGGAAGCCAUUCCUCGACGCCGAAGCGCGCGUCAUUGGCUACGAACAGGGACAAAAUGGCGCAGCUGGACUAGUUGGGUCGCUUGUGUGUGAAACCUACUCACAGGAACAGCAAGAUGAAUCCCCUAAGCGAUUUUGCGUAGGAUCAGGCCUCACGCAGUUUUUGCGACAGCAUCCGCCUCCCAUCGGUACCAUGAUCCGUUACCACUAUAGCGGCUUGAGCUCACAAGGCCUGCCUCGCUUCCCACGAUACGCUGGAACACGCGUUGAUAUGUAA